AUGAGUCUUGGACCAUUAUUAACGGAAGUCACAUUAGCCUUCUGUUUGGCAGUGACAUUGCUUUAUAGAUAUGGAAAUCCAUUUAGACAACAUAUUGUCGUCACACUGUCAGUAUUGAUUGCUUGGUAUUUCUCCCUGUUGAUUAUUUUCGUUUUACCACUAGACGUAUCUUCGACCGUCUAUCGACAAUGUACGUCCAAUGCAACAAGUAAUAUAACAGAGGAACUAUCACAUUCGUGUUUAGAACCAUGGUCUCGUGUUCCAAACGAUGUUUAUCCAAAUUUAUGGAGAAUUGUUUAUUGGACCUCACAAUUUUUAACUUGGCUAAUUCUUCCCUUAAUGCAAUCGUACAUUAAAGCUGGUGACUUUUCAGUUCGUGGUAAAUUAAAAUCGGCUUUGAUUGAUAAUGCAAUUUAUUAUGGAAGUUACCUCUUUAUUUGUGGUGUUUUACUUAUUUAUCUUGCCUUAAAGCCUGGAUUAGAUCUAGACGGACCGAAAUUAAAGGCAAUUGCGUCUUCAGCAUCGAACACUUGGGGUCUAUUUUUACUUGUCCUGUUACUUGGAUACGCUUUAGUCGAAGUACCACGUGGAUUGUGGAAUGCCAGUAAACCAGGAUAUACUCUUCAUUACAGUUAUUUCAAAGCUGCUAAACUCAGUAUGGAAAAAUGUGAAGCUGAAGAAACAGUUGACGAUAUUCUAGAGUCCCUACAAGCUGCGUCGGCAGCAAUUAAUCCUGGUCAUCCAUUCCACGUGAAUUUGGAGACUAUAUUUCACAAAGUGCCAGUUGAAUUGAAGGAUCGAAUGAAUAGAAGACAAUUACCGGAAGAUACUCCUCUUGACGUACCCUCUGAGAAAGCAUUAAUUCGAUUACAUAGACAGACAAUUAAAGCCUUACAAACAUUACAAAGAACGGAAACACAGUGGGGAGUUUUGGUAGACAAUAUUAUUGAUUUAGAGGAUGUUGCUAAAAAUCAAGCGAGUCAUGAUAAGAGAUUUAAAUCUACAUAUCCGGUCUUAAGACCACUUCCGAUUCGUCUUAUUUACAAUCCUUCAGUUGAAUGGUAUUGGAAAUGCUUUUUGAGAAGCUACGUUUUAAAAAUUGCUGCCAUUGUUGCUGCUUGUCUUUCUUUUGCUGUUGUUUGGUCGGAAGUAACUUUCUUCAAUAAUAGUCCAGUGCUUUCCAUAUUCGCUCAAUUUAUCCAAUUAGCUAGCGAGAAAUACGACUAUUUUACAAUAGAAGUGCUUUCUACUCUUAUCAUCGCUUAUUUAUGUUAUUGUGCUUAUUCAACUGUACUGAAAAUUCGAGUUUUAAAUUUAUACUAUUUAGCACCUCAUCAUCAAACCGAUGAGUACAGUUUAAUAUUCAGCGGUAUGAUGUUCUGCCGUCUCACUCCUCCCAUGUGUCUCAAUUUUUUGGGUCUCAUUCAAAUGGACUCACAUAUUAUUAAAAAGCGUUUUAAAAUGCGAGAUUUUGAAACUCAAUACACUCAGGUAAUGGGUCACAUGGACGUGAUUAGUAUUAUUUCCGACGGAUUUAAUAUUUACUUUCCCAUGGCAAUCCUGGCAUUUUGUCUGGCAACUUACUUCAGUCUAGGAAGUAGACUAUUGUCGAUGCUUGGCUUCCAACAAUUUCUUGGUGAUGAUGAACUCACCUCUGAUCUCGUCGAAGAAGGAAGGGAAUUAAUUAAAAGAGAGAGGCGAAAACGUCAACGAGUGGAGGACUCAAUGAGUCGUCGACGGGAGUUUAUGGAGAGAAUUGGAAGUUCAUCGGCGGCGGCUUCUCGUUAUCGAACGUCGAGGCAAAAUUCGGAUACAGUAAUAUCGAUGAAAAGAGACGAGUCCACGGAAUCUGCACGAGCUGGUCUCUUACGUGAUUUCGAUCCCUCGGAAUACUACGUCGGCACCACUUUUGGCACCGAAGGUUACGGUGCAAAUAGUCGUAUCGAUCGUGGUUAUCAGUCUGGAGCCGAUUUUAAUAACGAGGAUGCGAGAUCAUACUCGAUAAACAACUCUCAAUUAGGGAAUCCACCUAGGGGGAUUUUUGAUGAUAUUUAAAAAAAGAACAAUUUUCCAUAACUAGACAAAUUUUAUUAACAAUUAUUUCGAACUGUAAAUAUUUUUAUCUCAUGAAGCAAUUUUUUUUUCUUUUGUAUAGAAGGUACAUUUUCAAAUGGACUAUUAUUCCAUUUAUAUAUAGGGUAUAAGAUUGAUUUAAAAAUAGUAAAUGUGGGUAAAAGCAAAAAAAUUUGCCUUUUAUGAU